AUGGACAUCGCCCACCCCGUCUCGUCCGAGAUCACCUCGCUCUCCUUCUCGUACCUCCACACCACCGACAUCAAGCGCGUGUCCGUAAAGCCCGUCGUCAACCCGGUCCUGUUCGACAACCUCAACAACCCGAAUGCCGGCGGCCUGUACGACCCGGCCUUUGGCCCCCUCGGCAAGGGCGACAUCUGCUCGACCUGCCACCUCACCUCGUUCGACUGCCCGGGCCACUUUGGCCACAUCGAGCUCCCGGCGCCCGUCUUCCACCCGCUCUACAUGGUCCAGGCCUUCCAGCUCCUGCGCGGCUGCUGCGUCUACUGUCACCGCUUCCUCCUGACCGACACCCAGCUCGCCAAGCAGGUCGCACGCCUCACCCUCCUCGAGCACGGCCUCGUCACCGCCGCCCUCGAGCUCGACUCCGCCUUCCAGGGCCCCGUCCCCGUGUCCAAGGCCAAGGCCAAGGCCGACGCCAAGGCGCGCGCAGCCGCCAUCGACGUCGACAACGUCGAGGACAACGACGCCGGCGAGUCGCUCGAGGAGUCGUACGACGACUUUCGCUCCCGCCUCGACGCCUUCGUCGCGCACAGCAUCCGCGCCGCGCACAAGGGCAAGCAGGUCGGCCUCGAGCACAAGGGCCGCGACGAGUACAAGGAGAGCGGCACCGUGUUUGACGUCCGUCGCAAGGCCAUCAACCAGUUCCUCAAGAGCCUGAGCGCCAAGCGUCGUUGCGAGCACUGCGGCGCCUUCGCCCACCGUUACCGCAAGGAGGGCCACACCAAGAUCCUCGAGUACUCGCUCGUCGCCAAGCAGCGCGGCGCGCACUCGGCCAUGGGCCUCAAGCGGCCCAAGGUCCUCGCCGACGAGCGCCUCGAGGCCGCAGGCGGCGGCCGUCACGCCAACGGCGUGAAGGGCGGCGACGACUCGGACGGCGACGAGGACGCGAUGGACGUCGACGGCGACGCCGAGGACAAGGCCAACCUCGCCGAGGAGGAGGAGGACGCCGCCAUCGAGGAGGAGCUGUCGCGCGGCAAGCAGACGGAGCGCAUCGUCCUGCCCGAGGAGGUGCGCGCCCACCUGCGCCGCCUGUUCGCCAACGAGCGCGCCCUCGUCACCCUCAUCUACGCGCCGCACGGCCCGCUCGCGCGUGCGACGGCCUCGCGCGUGCCGCACAACGGGCGCAGUCGUGCCGCAGCCGGCGGGCAACCCGCCGCGAGCGCCGACAUGUUCUUCAUGGACGUCGUGUCGGUCCCGCCGACCCGGUUCCGGCCCGCGGCCACCAUGGGCGACCAGGUGUUCGAGAACCCGCACAACUCGCUCCUGAACGGCAUCCUGCGCCAGGCCAUCGCCGUGCGCGACUACAGCGCGCGCCUCGCCCGGUACGAGCUCGCGCCCGACGCGCCCGAGUUCCUCGCCGACGACGGCAAACCUCGCAUGGCCGCCGCGCGCUACUCGACCCAGCUGUACGAGGCCCUCAUCAACCUCCAGGUCGCCGUCAACUCGAUGAUGGACUCGGGCAAGAACCCGGCGCCCGUCAAGCAGGGCAAGCUCCCGACGCCCGGCGUCAAGCAGCUCCUCGAGAAGAAGGAGGGUCUCUUCCGCAAGAACAUGAUGGGCAAGCGCGUCAACUACGCCGCUCGGUCCGUCAUCUCGCCCGACGUCAACAUCGAGACGAACGAGAUCGGCGUGCCGCCCGUCUUUGCGCGCAAGCUCACGUUCCCGGAACCGGUCACGGCGCACAACUACCACCAGCUCCAGCAGGCCGUCAUCAACGGGCCGCACCAGCACCCGGGCGCGAGCUUCAUCCAGAUGGAGGACGGCAACCUCAUCUCGCUCGAGCGCAUGACGCUCGAGGAGCGUACGGCCCAGGCCAACAAGCUCCUCGCGCCCGAGUCGACGCCGGCGUCGCAGCGCCUCGCGGCCGCGUCCCGACCCGAUGUCGGCCUGCCGCCGACCCGCACGCCCCAGAUCAACCGCAAGGUCUACCGCCACCUCCAGGACGGCGACAUCGUCAUCCUCAACCGUCAGCCGACCCUGCACAAGCCGUCCAUGAUGUGCCACCGCGUCAAGGUCCUUAAGGGCGAGAAGACGAUCCGCAUGCACUACGCCAACUGCAACUCGUACAACGCCGACUUUGACGGCGACGAGAUGAACAUGCAUUUCCCCCAGUCGCUCACGGCCCAGGCCGAGGCGCGUAUGCUCGCCAACACGGACAACCAGUACCUCGUGCCGACAUCGGGCAACCCGUUGCGCGGCCUCAUCCAGGACCACGUCGUCGCCGGCGUGUGGCUCACCAACAAGGACACGUUCUUCACGCGCGACCAGUACCAGCAGCUCAUCUACGGCGCGCUCAGGCCCGAGGGCGAGUACACCGGCGAGGGCACGGUCAAGACGCUCCCGCCGGCCGUGUGGAAGCCGCAGCCGCUCUGGACCGGCAAGCAGGUCAUCUCGACGCUCCUGCGCAACAUCCAGCCGGCCGACAUGAGCGGCAUCCACUUCUCGUCCAAGGGCAAGAUUCCCGCCGACCGCUGGGGCUCGAUCGGCGCCGAGGAGGCCGAGGUCAUCGUGCACGACGGCGACAUGCUCACCGGCAUCAUCGACAAGGCCCAGAUCGGCGCGUCGGCGUACGGCCUCGUCCACUCGGUCCACGAGCUGUACGGCGCCACCAUCGCCGGCAAGCUCCUGUCGAUCCUGUCGCGCCUCCUCACCAAGUACCUCCAGAGCCGCGCCUUCUCGUGCCGCAUGGACGACCUCGUCCUCACGGCCAAGGGCAACCACGACCGCCGCCGCAUGCUCCAGACCGUCAACGACAAGGGCCUGUCGGCCGCGCUCGACUACACGGGCCUCGCGAGCGCCGAGCGCUCGGACCCGGCGACGGCCGACGACCUGCGCGACCGUCUUGAAGAGAUCCUGCGCGACGACUACAAGCUCGCCGGGCUCGACGCGUCGGUCGAGAGCGAGACGAACCAGGUCACGUCGCAGCUCAUCAAGACGUGCCUGCCCAACGGCCUCGUCAAGCCGUUCCCGCACAACAACAUGCAGACCAUGACGGUCUCGGGCGCCAAGGGCUCGAACGUCAACGCGUCGCAGAUCUCGUGCCUCCUCGGCCAGCAGUCGCUCGAGGGUCGCCGCGUCCCCGUCAUGGUCUCGGGCAAGACGCUCCCGUCGUUCAAGGCGUUCGAGACGGCCCCACGCGCCGGCGGGUUCGUCGCAGGCCGGUUCCUGACCGGCAUCCGGCCCCAGGAGUACUACUUCCACUGCAUGGCCGGUCGCGAGGGCCUCAUCGACACGGCCGUCAAGACGUCGCGGUCGGGCUACCUCCAGCGGUGCCUGAUCAAGCACCUCGAGGGCCUGCGCGUUCACUACGACCACACGGUCCGCAACGCCGACCAGUCGGUCCUCCAGUUCCACUACGGCGAGGACUCGCUCGACGUCACCAAGCAGAAGCACCUGCUCCAGUUCGAGUUUGCCGUCCGCAACAUGUCGUCCAUCAUCAACCGGUACAAGCCCAAGGAGGCGCUCGCGCGCACCGACAACCUCGAGGACGUCAUGCCCAACGCCAUGAAGAAGGCGCUCAAGCACCCGGACUCGCAUCCGCCCGUCCUGUCGCUCGCGUCGCCCUCGACCGUGUCGGGCGCCGUCUCGGAGCGGUUCGCGCGCGAGAUCGAGACGUACAUCAAGAACCCGAAGCAGCGCUUUCUGCGCCCGCGCAAGAAGAAGGACAUGGCCGACUGGCCCGGCUUCAUCCGCAAGGACGAGCUCAUCUCUGCCGAGCACUUCCGCUCGCUCAUGUGCAUGCGCUACAUGCGCAGCCUCGUCGAGCCAGGCGAGGCCGUCGGCCUCAUGGCGUCGCAGGGUGUCGGCGAGCCGUCGACGCAGAUGACGCUCAACACGUUCCACUUUGCCGGUCACGGUGCCGCCAACGUCACGCUCGGCAUUCCUCGACUGCGCGAGAUCGUCAUGACGGCGUCGCAGGACAUCAAGACGCCCAUGAUGCGCCUCCCGAUCGUCGAGGGCGUGUCCGACUCGCGCCUCAAGACGUUCUGCCAGUCGUCGACCCGUCUCACGCUCUCGCAGUGCGUCGACAACGUCGUCGUUGAGGAGCGCCUCACGCCCAAGACGAGCGAGAACAACUACUCGCGGUCCAAGCUGUACACGGUCAAGCUCAACCUGUUCCCGCGCGCCGACUACGAGGCCGAGUACUCGGUCUCGCCCGAGCAGAUCCUCGCCGGCAUCGCCAAGACGUUCGUGCCCCUCCUCGACAAGGCCAUCGCCAAGGAGAUCAAGCAGAACGACCGCGAGUCGAUGCGCGAGGCGGCCGAGGUCGGCCAGGGCAAGCAGGUGCGCAAGGGCGGCAAGGGCGCGGCGUCGGGCGCCGACGAGGACGGUGCGGGCGAGGAGGACGCUGGCGUCGUCGGUCGCGGCGACGGCGAGGAGAUCGACGGCGACGCCGACGACGAGCGUCGAGGCCGGCAGGCCAACGAUGAGCAGACGUACGAUGACGAGGACGAGGACGAGGCGCCCGACGCCGAGGACGAGCUCGAGGCCAAGUUCAAGGACGCCGACGAUGCGGCGAGCGCCGACGGCGACUCGAGCGAUGACGAGGCCCAGGACGAGGACCCGGAGGUGGUCGCGCGGCGGUCCAAGGCCGAGAGCCUCGAGCGCAUGAAGCAGUACGAGCGCCGCGUCCCGGGCACCUCUCGCUUCGUCAACAAGCUCGCGUUCGACAAGGAGGGUGGCGAGUCGUGCGAGCUCGACCUCGAGUUCUCGUCGCAGGCGCACAAGCUCUUGCUCGUCGGCAUCGUCGAGGAGGUGUGCCGCAUCGCCGUCGUCCACGAGGUGCCCGGCAUCGCCCGCUGCUUCAUCGAGAAGGCCGCCAACGCCAACGCGGCCGCGCACCGCAACGCCGUCACCGAGGGCGUCAACCUGCGCCAGCUGUGGCAGAUCGGGCACGGCAUCGUCGACCUGAACCGCAUCGGGACCAACGACAUCGGCGCCAUCCUGCGCACGUACGGCGUCGAGGCGGCACGGUCCUCCAUCAUCAACGAGAUGUCGGGCGUCUUCUCGGUCUACGGCAUCGGCGUCGACUACCGCCACCUCACCAUCAUCGCCGACUACAUGACGUGCGAGGGCGGGUACAAGCCUUUCAACCGCACCGGUCUCUCGAACAGCUCGUCUGCCCUCCUCAAGGCCUCGUUCGAGACCACGAGUGCCUUCCUCGCCGAGGCUGCGCUGUACGGCGACUACGACAACAUGAUCGGUCCGUCGGCUCGCAUCGUCGUCGGUCGCACGCCUGAAGCGGGCACUGGAUCGUUCGCGAUCCGCUCCGUCGUCGAGGCAGGGGCGGCCUAGCUGUAGCGUCUUUUCCCCUUGUCUCCCUCCCGCAACGCAACCUGCACUUCUAUAGAUGUUCCCUGAC